ACAAAAAUGAACAUAUUAGCCAACAUUGGCUAUACACAACACUUUAUGCUCCUUUUAAGCUCAUCAUCUUUUCUCACACAUUUAUUAUUAUUCUCCUUCUUCCUUCUUCCUUCCUCCAUACCAUAUCAUAUCAUCUUCUCUCUUUUUUUUUUUCUCUCUCCUUUACCCAAAUUCCACCAAUUCAUCACCAACCAAACACUCCCUUAUUCUCUCUCCUCCUCCUUCAAACCCCCAAAAUAUGAAUGAAACAACUUACAAAGAACAUGGUUUAUUAUCUUGUUAUUUCCACCCUAAAGAAAUUAUCUUAGGAGUUUGUCAUCUUUGUCUUAAUGAAAGACUCCUCAUUUUAGCAGCCAAACAAGGUGCUAAAUCUAAUAAGUCCUCCAAAUAUGAUUAUGAUUAUUUUAAGAGUAGUAAUAACUCUUUUAAUAAUAAAAAUUAUGAUAAUAAUUCUUAUUAUCAUAAUAAUAAGGCUAAAUCUUAUGUUAGCCUUCCUAAAAUAUUUGCCAUUGCUUCCUUUUUUAACACUAAAGAUAGUUUCCGCCACCGCUGCCGCCGUAGCCGCCACCGUGAGUCUCACCGGCAGGAUGUGUUUGAUGAUGUUGAUGCUACUUCCACAAGUUUAGAAGAGGAUGAUUCAUUUAUAUCAAUCAAGUUUGGGGACAAUGGAGUAGCGUCAUGGGACAAGACUAGCAGUAGUGUGACAAAGGUGUCACUAGAGCAACAUUGCAGCUUGUCUUGGGGUGGUCAAACCAAAGUCAAAGAUGCUACCAUCAAGGGUACUGAUUGUAAUAAUAGCAACAAAAGUGUGGUGGAGCAUGCCAAGCCUAGAGGGGCGGUGUCGAUGAGGUGGCGGAAGCGGAUCGGGCAGUUAUUGCAAGUAAUAAGAUGGAAGAAAUCUAGCAAUGCCACCAAUGUUGGAGGAGGGAAUAAUGUUAAUAAGGUGGUGGAAGGUGUGAAGGUAGUGAGGAAUAAUAAAGGUUGGAUUAGGACAUUAAAGAGCAAGACCAAGGAAUGAAAUAAUUAUAUAUAAAUAGAUAUAUAUAGUUUUUGGAAUUAAUUUUUCUUAUCUUUUGGUGUGAUUUUUGGGAUUAAUGUGAUAUUGUGAUUAUAAAAGAUCAAUAAUGAAAUUGAAAGGAUAUGGCAUAGUUUUAUACUAUGAUUUUUGAUGUA